AUGCCCUACCCCAGCUACCAAUCCUCCCCCCUCUUGCUGCACCACCCUCCGGCGCUGGCAAACAACGCAAACGGCCAUACCGCAUUCCAGAUGCCUUCGACCCCUUCCAGAUCCGCCUCGCCGGCGUAUGCGUCUGCGGGCGCUGCCGCCGCCGCCGCAUCAGCUUCGCCCGGCCCUGCGCACCAGAUCCCUUUCAACGCCACCCCGGUCCACCAUGCCCCCAGCCCUCUCGGCUUCGGCUUCGGCUUCGGUUCCUCCUUCGGCGGCAACAACAACCAGGCACCUCUCGCAACCCCCUCUCACUCCUCCUUUGCCGCCACCUCGGCUCUGGCCCAUUCAUUCGCCUCGCCAUCCGCCUCCCCGGCCUACUCGCCACGCAGGGCCGAUACCAAGCGCAGGCGCGACUCGGACCACGACGACGCCGACGAGGCCGACGAGGACAUGGACCAGCACUCUUCAUCGCCCCGCAUGCGGCCCGCACCCGGCAUUGGCGAUUCUACCUUCGCUGCAGCACCCCGGUCGAUGCUAGCGCCAAAACGCCUCCGUGCCGGCAUAUCCCAGGGCAGCCCCUCGUCUACCCACCUGGGCGCCGCAUCGAGCGGCCUCAACCGAUCGAUCUGGGGUCACCCUGCGGAAUCGUCCUCUUCCCAUCGCUCCUCGUCGAGCCCCGGCAAGGGCCGCAUGUCCGGCCUCGAUGUCGAUCUCGGCAAGAUGCUGGCCUCGGUCGACAAGGCGUCGCUGCUGUCGAUGCUCAUGAACCUCCUGGCGCAGAGCAAGGAUCCCAACCUCGGCGCCCAGAUCCUCUCGCUCCUCCCAACACCCUCCCUCGAGACCGUCGAGGCCGCACUGGACGAGGCCGAAAAGAACGUACGCGCCGCCAUCCCCUAUACCCAGGGCGGGGACGCCGCCGGAGUGCGCGACGAGUACACCUGGAGCCGGGUCCGAGGCCCGCUGGCCGCCUUUUCGGACGCUGCGCUCAGCUACCUGCCCUUCUUUGUCAGCGAGCUGGACGCCAAGCGCGGCGGCGCCGGCGGCUCCGGCUCGGGCGCGGACGAGGCCGUCGCCAAGCGCGAGGAGGUCCACCCUGCGACCACGUUUACCUUCCUGCACGCGCUGACGCUGCGCGUGCUGAGGCUACACGCUCUGCUGCCGCCCGUGCCCAAGAGCAGCCUGGCAUUCAGCGCACUGCGACUCGACCGGGCGCCCUCGACGUCGUUCGGCUUCGGUUUUGGCUCGGCUGCUGCAUCUGGCUCGAUGGGCGGUGGUGGCGGCGGCUCUCACUCGACCGUCGCCGGCAGUUCGCGGGGCGGUGAGAGCAAGCACUCGAACCUGGCGGAGCGCAUCCCGGAGGCGUACACGUCGCUCGUCUCGCCCGAUGCGCUGCUGUCGACGCUGAUGCCGGCGCUGCUCAAGCAGUGGACCAUCCUGGUGGAGCGGCUGGACCGGGCGGUCAAUGUCGAGGGCCGUAUGUUUGGCCAGGAGGUGGUGCUGGGCUGGGCGCGCGCACUGGACACGGUCAACACGCAGGCGUCGUCGGGCGAGGCAGGCGCCAAGCCCGAGGAUGCCAUCAUCCGCAAGGCGAUGGACGAGGUGCGCAACCGGCUGGAGCGGGACCUGGGCUGGCUCGUCGGUGGAGGGCCUGGACCUGCGACUCUGCGUUCCGCCACCCCUGUCGCCCGGCCGGUCGCCUCGGCAGGAUCGACGAGGGCCGUCAACUCUACCCAUGGCGAUGGCUCCCAGCAGCAGCAGCGUCAGCAUCUCGUCCGAUCGGCACCGGCGGCGACGUUGUCCGGGCACAUUCCGAAGCGCAGCCGUGGAUCUUCGAUGGACGACGACGAAGAGGAGCUCUAG